AUGGAUUCAACGGGAGCUCUUCUGUGCUUACUGGCCUGUGUUCCACCAACUCGUGUGCUUCGCGUCUGCUACCGGUUCCGUUGCUAUGCUCUCCCCUUCCGAACCCGCUUCCAGCGUCGCGGGCCCCCACGACAGAGAAACCCAUCCAACCUCCGCGACCUGCAACCAGCUACCAGCCAGAAUGCCACCCUCGCUGGGGGACUCUGGAACUGCCAGUCGGCAACCCGAAAAGCCGACUUCAUCUCCGCCUACGCUUCCCACCUGUCUCUCCAGUUCCUGGCCCUCACAGAGACCUGGAUCAGCCCUGACAACUCUUCUACCACAACCGCGCUAUCCUCCUCAUUCUCAUUCUCCCACACACCCCGGCCAUCAGGCCGUGGUGGUGGCACAGGUUUACUUCUCUCCCGCUCCUGGAAUUUCUCUGUUCUCCACUCUCACCUCUCUCUGUCCAGUUUUGAACACCACUCUGUACAUGUGACUCACCCAUCUAACCUGUUUAUUUCUGUCAUCUACCGCCCCCCAGGUCCCCUGGGAAAUUUUCUGGAAGAGCUUGACAUCCUGCUCAGCUCCUUCCCUGAGAAUGGUGCCCCCCUCAUCCUCCUCGGAGACUUCAAUAUUCACCUUGAAGCCUCCCAGUCUGCAGCCUUCCUUCCACUACUCCACUCCUUCGACCUCUCCCUCCAGCACUCUCCCCCAACCCACAAGGCUGGCAACCUCCUCGACCUCGUAUUUUUGAGGAACACCACCUGCACUGGCCUAAACGUCACCCCUCUCCAUACCUCUGAUCAUCAUUUUGUUUCCUUCUCACUCCCCCUUCCCUCCCACCCACACCCCUUCUCUCCACCCAGCCCUACUGUCUCUGUCCGCCGUAACCUGUGCGCCCUUUCUCCCUCCUCUCUUGCCCCUUGUGUCACUGCCUCCCUCCCCCCUCUUGAUGUCUUCUCUGCCCUUCCCUCUGACUCGGCCUCUGACACCCUGCUAUCAUCACUCUCCACUGCCAUUAAUACCCUCUGUCCUCUUGUCUCCAGGCCCACACGCCCAUCUCCUCCAUGCCCGUGGCUGACUGACGUUCUGCGAUCUUCCAGGACUGCCCUGCGUGCAGCAGAGCGGAACUGGAAGAAGUCUAGAAUGCCAACGGACCUCUCUGCCUACCAGUCCCUACUGAACUCCUUCUCCUCAGCAGUUGCCACUGCCAAGGCAACAUACUACCACUCUAAAAUACACAAAUCUAUUGCUAACCCCAGGCAACUGUUUUCAAUUUUCUCCUCUCUCCUCAGUAAACCCUCACCUCCAACUCAGACCUCCCUUACUGCUGAAGACUUCGCAGCCUUCUUCGAAGCAAAGGUCACACUCAUCCGCAGCUCCCUUGACCCUCCCGACUCCCCACCCUUCCCUCCCCCCAUCCCCUCUAUGACCCUCCCCACAUUCUCCACCUUCUCCCCACUCUCUCUCCUGAUGUCUCCCAACUCUUGCUCUCCCACCGUCCCACCACCUGUGCCCUUGAUCCCCUCCCCUCUACCCUCCUCCAGCUGAUCUCACCAGAGAUCAUCCCCUUCAUCGCCCACCUGAUUAACUCAUCCCUGACUUCUGGCACCUUCCCGUCAUCUUUCAAAAGAGCCCACAUCACCCCCAUUCUGAAGAAACCAACACUGGACCCCUGCCUCACCCAGAACUACAGACCGACACUCAGGUCUCCGAUCGCAUAUCCGCCUGCCUGAGUGACAUCCAGAGCUGGAUGACCAAACACCAGCUCAAGCUCAA